AUGGUCUACCAUAACCUGAAGGCGCUCAUUAAGGGCAUCCGGGCAUGCAAGACCGUAGCCGACGAGCGAGCACUCAUCCAACAGGAGUCCGCCGCCAUCCGAGCGUCUUUCCGCGAAGAAGAUACAUACGCCCGAUAUAACAAUGUUGCCAAGCUGCUGUACAUUCACAUGCUCGGCAACCCUGCACACUUCGGUCAGAUCGAGUGUCUGAAGCUCGUCGCAAGUCCAAGAUUCGCCGACAAACGCCUGGGGUACCUUGGAAUAAUGUUACUUCUGGAUGAGAACCAAGAGGUCUUGACGCUUGUCACGAAUUCGCUGAAGAAUGACAUGAACCAUCCGAAUAUGUACGCGUGCGGGCUCGCGCUAUGCACUUUCGCCAAUAUCGCGUCUGAAGAGAUGUCGCGAGAUUUGGCAAAUGAGAUCGAAAAACUGUUAGGGUCCAGCAAUACCUACAUCCGGAAGAAAGCCGCCCUCUGCGCCCUUCGAGUCAUCAAACGCGUUCCCGACCUUGCAGACCAUUUCACCAACAAAUGCAAGAACCUCCUUACCGACCGCAAUCACGGCGUCCUCCUCACUGCUAUCACUCUUGUCACAGAAAUGUGUCAGAUAGACGAGUCGUGCUUGGAUGAGUUCCGCAACGCUGUCCCACUGCUGGUGAGGCAACUGAAGCAGCUGGUCACAACCGGCUACAGCCCAGAACAUGACGUCUCGGGCAUCACCGACCCCUUCCUUCAAGUCAAGAUCCUGCGCUUGCUUCGCAUCCUCGGAAAGGGCGACGAGCAUGCAAGUGAGACUAUGAACGAUAUCUUAGCCCAGGUAGCGACAAACACAGACUCAUCCAAAAACGUCGGCAACUCAAUACUCUACGAAACUGUCCUGACCGUGCUCGAGAUCGAGGCCGAUAGCGGCUUACGCGUCAUGGCCAUCAACAUAUUGGGCAAGUUCCUCAGCAACCGUGACAACAACAUCAGAUACGUGGCCCUUAAUACGCUGAACAAGGUUGUUUCUAUGGACACAUCCGCGGUCCAGCGGCAUCGGAAUAUUAUUCUCGAUUGUCUUCGCGACGGCGAUAUCUCUAUUCGCCGGCGUGCCCUUGAGCUCACAUAUGCCCUUAUCAAUGAUCAAAACGUCCGAAUCAUGACGCGCGAGCUCCUAGCGUUCUUGGAGGUAGCGGACGACGAAUUCAAGCUAGGAAUGACCACCCAAAUAUGCUUGGCAGCGGAGCGAUUUAGCCCGAACAAACGGUGGCAUAUCGAUACGGUGUUGAGGGUCCUCAAGCUGGCUGGAAAUUUCGUUCGGGAGGAGAUUCUUUCCUCUUUCAUCCGUCUCGUAGCGCACACCCCCGAAUUACAGGCGUAUACCGCAUCCAAGCUGUACACUGCGCUUCUGGCAGACAUUUCCCAAGAAUCCCUGACGCUGUCUGCAACUUGGGUCAUCGGCGAAUACAGCGAGGUACUGCUGGAAUCUGGACUUGUGGAUGAGGAUCAGCCGAAGCCGAUAACAGACAUUGCUCUCGUUGACCUCAUUCUAUCUGUUCUGGACUCGCCCUACACCAACUAUCUCACCCGGCAAUUUGUUCUGGCUGCCAUCACAAAAAUGUCGGCACGACCCACCACAUCCAUACCACAGCAAGAGCGCAUAGCGGGCGUCUUGGCGACAUAUACCACCAAUCCGGAGCUGGAGACCCAGCAGAGAGCAGUCGAGUUUGCAAGCUUGUAUGGCCUAGGGGAGGAGCUGAGGGCCGGCGUGUUAGAGAGAAUGCCCCCGCCGGAGCUCAAAGCCACUGUUAUGGGUGUCGUUAGCGAGAAUAAGCCUGUUGGUUCGACAAAGACCAGCAAAGAGGCUGACCUCUUGGGCGACGACAUCGCAUCCACUCCUGCACCAGCUGCGAACGGGCAGCCUGCAACAUCCGCGCAGACCACUCAAGACCUCCUUGCCGACAUAUUCGGCAGCUCGUCCACCCCUGGCCCGACCGCGGCUCCUGGUGCCCCGCCAGCUACUCAGAAAAGCAGUGUGGAUGAUAUCCUCGGUCUCUUCGGUUCUUCAACAACGGCGGCGCCAGCUGCUCACCCUUCAACCUCUGCCGCCGCCAUGUCCUCUCUAUUCACGCAACAGCCGCAAGCAGCCCCAUCACAGCCGCAGCCGCAAUCGCAACCACCUGCACCCCGGCCGCAACUUACCUCAUAUACCGCAUACGAGAAGAAUGGGCUCAAGAUCACCUUGACACCACAGACGAACCCUGCGAAGCCAGGGUACGUGAACAUACUGGCAAGGUUCCAAGUUACAGGUGCAAGUCCUGCGAAUGGGUUAUCAUUUCAAGCCGCUGUACCGAAGUCUCAGCAACUGCAGAUGCUGCCUAUGUCUAACUCAGACGUUAGCGUCGGUGCAACCGAGACGCAACAAAUGCGUGUGAUUGCCCCCCCUGGGAGCAGUGUUCGCUUGAGAUUACGGAUAUCUUUUGCCGUGGCAGGAAACAGGAUUCAAGACCAGGUGGACUUCGCGGGCUUCCCCGCUGGGUUGACUGGCGGCGCGCAGUGA